AUGGGUGUAGUCCUCUCAAUCCUGCAAAACACAGCCAAGACUCUCAUUGCAGCAGCUUCUCUCUUGAGAGCUUUGUCAACCGAGUUCGAUCAAGCUCUGAAGCGGGCAUCGCAAUCCCCGGGUCUUCCGGUCCCCAAGCCAUCUCAAACGUACUGGCUUAGCGACCCCCCACACCCUCAACUAUGCGAUGCAAGUUCGCACAAGUUACCGCAGACCGCGGAUGUGGUCAUCAUCGGGUCCGGGAUAGCUGGCGCUGCUGUCGCACGGUCGCUACUCCACGAGCGACACCGUCGCAACGUCCGCACUGAUGAGAAAGUGGUGGUCCUCGAAGCUCGACAGCUGUGCAGUGGUGCGACUGCUCGAAAUGGCGGCCACAUCAAACCUGCGGUGUACGAUAGCUUCUCUCGAUUCAGCAAGCUGUUACCAAAACAUCGUGCUGCUGCCCUGGCGCGUUUCCAGUUUCUACAUGUCAAGUACUUGACAGAGUUAUGUGACACCGAAGGCAUUGAGGCUGCCGAAGCUCGAAAGGUCGACACUGUCGAUUUCUUUUUGGAUAAUCACAGUUUCUCCAAGGCUGUCGCUGAUGUUGAGGAGUUGAAGAAAUGGUUGCCGGAGGUUGAGAUUACCGCAUGGAAGGGUGACCAAGUACAGAAGAAAUUCGGCGUGAACAAUAGCGUCGUCGGUGCCUUAUCCUACCAAGCAGGUGCGAUCUGGGCAUACCGAUUCGUUGCAUCCAUCUGGAACAAUCUUCUUAACGAUUUCCCUGAUGCACUCUCUAUCGAGACGAACACUCCCGUAGAGUCAAUUAGCAUUCUAGACACGGCGCCUGAAGACUUCCCAUACGCUGUACAAACUACCCGAGGCACCAUAUUCGCCCGCCAUAUCGUCCACGCCACGAACGGCUUCGCGAGUCAUCUUGUCCCAGGGCUACGCAGCAAGAUCGUGGGCGCACGAUCCCACAUGUCCGCGCAGCAACCAGGACAAGCAUUCCCAUAUGCUGACGGCAUGCACUCGUGGAGUGUAGUCUACGGCGAGGGCUUCGACUACGUCACACAAAGGCCCCCAGCCACAAGCGGUUCCAAAGGCGAUUUGAUGAUUGGAGGCGGCUUCUUCCGAUCGCUAAAGCAAGGCAUUGAUCAAGUCGGUCGGUACGACGAUGGACCUCUACUAGAUCCUCUAACCACCGCACACAUCUCGGGUGUCUUUCCAGCAGUCUUUCAUCCCAAGUGGGGUGCUGGCGCCGAGGUGAAGCAACUGUGGUCUGGUAUCACUGGUUUGACUGGCGAUUUCAUGCCGUUGGUGGGUCCCUUGGAUGCAAAGUUGACCGGGCGAGAUACUAAGAGAAGCAAACGCGCGUUGUCAGAUAAGGGCUCGUGUGGAGAGUGGAUUGCAGCGGGCUUCUCCGGGGAAGGUAUGGUGUGGGCUUGGCUUUCGGGUGCUGCGCUUGGUAUCAUGAUUGCUGGGAGUGAGGAUGAGGACUUGCCUGAAGUUCCGGGGAGGCCGAGUGGGAAGUUAUCGGAGUGGUUUCCGAAAGAGCUCUUGGUGUCAAAGGAGAGGAUGCGCAGUGCUGAUGUUAGUAAUUUGGCCAAUUAG